CAUCCACCUUGGUUCUUCCCUCUCAUGCGCAGUCAACCCAGUGCUUAAAAAGAGGAAAACGAAAUCGGGACAUUAUGAUGUUAACUUAAUCUUUUGCGUUUCAUGCAAGACUUCUACCUCAAGAAUUGCCACGCUUUUACCCCUUUCGUUUCGUGAGCUGAUCUUUGUGACACGACCCCGUUUCCUCAUCAAAAUUAUUGCCCAAGACCUUUAUACCCCAGAAAUUCUCAGUCCCCUAGUUUGUGGUCAUUGCAUUCUUUGCUAGCUUUAGACUAGGUAGUUGAGACACGCGGUCUUAAGCCUCUCUCGGUGUGCUCCAUCUUUAACAAGAUGUCUAACAAUGUGCUGGCUGCAGUCUUUCGGCCAGAACAUCGUCUCAAAGUUGUAUUUGGGAUAUUUAGUUUUAUUUGCAUUUGUUACCUGCUCACCCCUUCUGGAUCAUUGCGAAGUUCUUUCACAGAGCUGCAGAUUGUUCCUGGUGCAACAUGGACCGCCACUGGCACGAACGCCCAUAUCCAGGCCCAUGGGCCUGGUAUAAUUAAAAUUCAGAGCACCUAUUAUUUAAUCGGAGAGGAUAAAACGGGUGACAUGCAAAAAGGUCAUUUCAAGCAUGUCAACUGCUACUCAUCCACCAACCUCGUAGAUUGGAAGUUCGAGAAUCAUUUAUUAUCCCGCGACGAUUCUAUUCCAGAGUUGGGCCCCAAUAGAAUCGUUGAACGACCAAAAGUACUGUAUAACGAGGAGACCAAGACAUACGUCAUGAUAAUGCACAUAGACAAUGAGGUCUACCAAUCCGCCCAAAUCGGCUUUGCCAACUCAUCGGCCGUUUGUGGAAAGUACACGUGGCAAGGCUCCACAAGACCACUUCAGCACGAGAGUAGAGAUAUUGGUGUUUUCCAGGACGAUGAUGGCUCAGCCUACCUGAUGUCUGAGGAUCGUCCAAAUGGACUCCAUAUAUUUAAGCUUACAACCGACUACAUGGCUGUGGCGCAAGUCAUGUAUUCCUUCCCUCAAAACAUUGAAUCGCCAGCCAUGUUCAAACGUGAUGGAAUAUACUAUCUGUUUGGCUCGCAUAUUACAGGCUGGAACCACAACGACAAUGUCUACACCACUGCCACUUCUUUAAUGGGACCCUGGGCGCCAUGGAAGGAAUUUGCACCGCACGGCAGUAAUACCUUCGAAAGCCAAACGUCUUUUGUCCUUCCCGUGGGCAAAGAUCUCGUCAUAUAUGGAGGCGAUCGCUGGGUGCCGAAGAAUCUGCAUAGCAGCACUUAUGUCUGGUUACCACUUCAGAUCAAGGGUACUAUCGUGAAGAUGAACAGCGAUGCACCAUGGACAAUUGAUGGGCCAAGAGGAGUGUGGCAUUCCGCGCCGGCUCCUGUCUGGCUCGAAGCAGAGAGUGCAAGGCUGCAAAAUGGUGCAAAAGUCGUCCCCUGCCCUGCAUGCUCAGGUGGUCAAGCAGUUGGUCAUAUUAAUGGUGACGAGCACGGAUCCAUUCAACUCGAUGGAAUUAGGUUUGCAACCUCAGGGAGGAAAACCUUCCGGUUACAAUAUGUUUUCAAAGGGAUAGAUGAAAGACAAGCCGAAGUCAUACUAUAUGUAAAUGGAAAUGGGGAUACGCGAAAGAAAAUUGUUUCGUUCCUUCCAAUAUCUGUACAGCCUGGCAUCGCUGUUGUUGACUUUGAGGUGCCUUCGGGUUUGCAUAGCUUGAGCAUCAGAGGUGUAGACGGGAAGCCUGGUCCUGAUCUAGAUAGAAUAUCCAUUCCGAAGUGACGUCUGUGGAAUACCCAAGCAACUAAUGUACACGAUAUAGAUAAGGUGUGCACUUGUUAAUGUAUGAAAGUUGUUCAAUUGGAUUUGUUUUUAUA